GUUGACGGACGCGUUGUGCAUGUGGUCUUCAUGACCCCUCAGUAAAGUGCAGCGAAGAGGCAGACGCGCCCACGUUUUGUUCCCGGUGCGGCGACCGCCUGCUACUCCGCCCCGACAAAAAAGCCUGCGAUGCUGGCGCUCAGCCGCCAUCCUUCACCAACAUGAGGAUGGGUUUUGUAGAUGAGGUUUAUUAGGUACUCAAGAAGCAUACGUGCAUCCUUGAGAUUGAGAAUAUGAAAAGCGGGGCAGGAAACACGAGAGAUACGACGCCCCUAAACACCCUCAGCUCCACGACGGCCCGUCGCGGUUCACAGACAGCCUGAAAGUACAUUUCGCCGGCUAGAACAGUCCUCACUCUGAACGGAAACCGCGAUGGCAAUGUCGAUGCUAGAGCGCCUGUCAUCCAGGAAAUUCGAUAGCCCUCAUCAAGGGGCGGGAUUCUUCCGUUUGCCUCCAGAGGUGCGCUCGACCAUCUACGAUUAUGCCUUUGACGAAAACGUUCUUCAUAUCUGGAGGGCCUGGAUUGCCGGCCAAGUUCAUUGCCAGGCAUACCGGUGCAUCGAUGAUCUGGACUGCAGGCAAGGCUACAGUCAUUCCUUGUGUGACAGCCUUGAGGAACCGGCACACCUUCUUGGGCUACCAUUUGCAUGUCGCCAGCUCUACAUCGAGACCAUUCAACACGUCUAUAGCCGCUUCACCAUCAGCAUACAAGCUGAUCUUCUUCGAAAAUGGUCUGACAUCACGCCAGCUGUACACAUGAAUGCUGUCACAUCCCUCAGAACAACAUUGACACGGCCCGAAGAGGGCGAGACCGAGUACCAAAAGGUAUGGGAGCUCGUCUCCAAGUUGCCAAACUUGAGGAACCUGCUGGUCAAAAUCAUCGGCUGCGAAACGUAUGACGGCUGGACCCCUGAGAUCCAGGAACAGGUAGCUACGCCCAUCAAGGCCGUCCAGCAGCCGUGCUUGGAGACGUUCGACCUGGUGUUUGUCGUUGAGGGCACCUGGUUCCCCGACGACUGCUACCUAAGACUUCAAUACAACGGCCUAGAGUGGGACACGUUUGUCAUGGACCAGAGUCAGUGCCCUGCGUUUAAAGGUGUCCAUCCUCGAUGCAGGAUGGUGGGAAUGAAGAGUUUCCUGCACAAUCAUCCCAUCACCGACAAUAUGCCCACAGAAGCGGAGCUGGUCCGAUGGAUAUGUUACUUCUCUUGCAGUUGCGCCUAUGGGUCCCCAGAUCCAGAGGGCUACGAUUGGGAUGAAGUUGGUCAAAGUGCGCAGCACGGGUUUGCAGACUGGGAAGAGAGGAUUGCCGAAGGCAGGCGCCAGUAUCAAGCUCUCAUGGAAGAGCGGGAUGAGAUUGGCGGCCGCGGCAAAUGGAACAGAGCAGACAUGAACCGCAUUGCAAACCUGAUGGACGACAACAUACAGCGGCCGAAUCGGUUCAAAUGGAAGUAUCCCGAGCGGCCGAGCUGGAUCAAGCAGACAACAGACAGGGUCAGUUAG